CAAGUCUUCGUGCACAUAUAGAGGAGCUCCACUCAUGUCCUCCCUGCUGACCUGAGUGCUGGAUCCAUUGCUAACAGGAUUUGGUUGCAUCACUGGAUCUCAGAUCUUACAUCUGCACCACAGUUUCUGGUUUGUGCUUGAUCUGUACAGUGUAGACCAACCUUCUGUGUUAUAGGUCUAAGUCUCAAGAAUGGACCAAAAUAUCCUUGAGCUAAUACUUGAGGGGAGCAUGAAGCCAAUGAAUCUGCCUUUAGAAACUUUACGGAAAAUCACUGAUGGGUUUUCAUCGGAUAGAAUAAUCGGUGAAGGUGGAUUUGGAACUGUCUAUAAGGGUGAUGUUGGAAAUGAAAAUGUUGCCAUCAAGAGGAUUAAGAGUGGCAUGACUAUAAAUGACAAGCUCUUUCGUCGUGAGGUUGACAAUCUGAUGGAGGUUAACCAUCCAAAUGUCGUCCGGUUUCUUGGCUUGUGUUCUAAUACAGUGGAGACACCAGUGAAAGACCCAGAAUCCCGAGGAUAUAUUUAUGCUGAGAUAAGAGAAAGAUUGCUUUGUUUUGAGUAUGUUAGUAAUGGAAGCCUCGAUACAAGGAUUACCGACGAAUUAAGAGGACUUGAAUGGGAUACACGUUACGGGAUAAUCAAAGGGAUAUGUGCUGGUUUGCAUUAUCUACACAUGGAGAAACAUAUUCUUCAUAUGGAUCUGAAGCCAGCCAAUAUACUAUUGGAUAAUCAAAUGGUUCCGAAGAUAACCGACUUUGGUCUAUCAAGACCCAUGGAAAACUCACAAACAAUGACAACAAACCAUUUUGCAUCACCAGGGUAUAGCGCCCCAGAAAACCUAUUUGGUGGUGGUAAAAUGUCCAUCCAAUCCGACAUGCAUAGUUUGGGCGUCAUAAUUAUCGAACUGGUCACGGGACAUAGGGGUACCCCUGAAUGCAAUAAUACACUCAGAAGAUGGAGGCACAGAUGGAAUAAAUCAGGGAAGGAAAUUCCACUGGAGUACCACCAACAAGUAAUAAAAUGCAUCGAAAUAGGGUCACUCUGCCAGAAGGAAAAUCCCUAUGCACGGCCUUUUAUAUCAGACGUAAUGGGCAAACUAUUUGAAAUGGAAAAUUUGAAUGACCACAGCUGGAAUGCCGACGAAUCAACGGUUGGCCAGAUAAAUCUGCCAACUUGGGAAGACGACAUGCUUGGAGUUGAGCCGCUUGAGUUACAGUUUGCGUAUAACAAGCAGGAGGACAUAUUGUCAUGUUUAGUUGAGCUAAGCAAUGAUACGGAUGGUUUCAUUUUCUUCGAGAUUCAAAAGAUCAGACCGUUGCCAUAUUCAAUAAAGCCAAACAAGGACAUCCUGAAACCACGAUCCAAAUGUUGCGUGAUAAUAACAUUGCCAGCAGCACACACGGCAGCACUGCAGUCCAGUACUAGUAAUAAGCGAUAUACCAAGGAGUUCGUGGUGCGAAGCACUAAAGUGAAUGAAGAUCUUUCAACCAAGAAUAUUAACCAAGACCUGUUCGAUAAACAUACAGAGGGCCAGCACAUCGAUGAGAUUCAUUUGGGGGCUCUUUCUGAAGAACCCCGCAGCCAAGAGACAAUCGACUUCUCAAGGAAUGAGGCCAUGGAACAACACACAAGCUCGGGGAGGAACCCAUUGCCAACACCGAUCGAAGCUGGGCUUGUGCAGCUGGCCAUCAAGAACAACACAAAGGCUUCAUCCGAGAAGUGUAACAAAAAGGUGAUGCUGGAGAUCAGCGGCUGCGCCACUACCUGUGACCGGCUGGGUCUUGACCUGGUGGUCGUCCUGCAUGCUAGUCGCAACAUGGACAGUGAGAAGAUGGACCAUGUGAAGAUGGCCAUGCGGUUUGUCUUGCGGAAGCUAAGCCCCAUGGACCGCCUCUCCAUCAUCACAAUUUUUUCUGAUUCUGCCGUGAAGCUGUGCCCACUGCAGCAGAUCACCGAGUCCUCACGGCGGAAGCUAGAUGAUCUCAUUGACGGCCUAAAAGCCAUUGGUGACUUUUACACCCACAUCAAGGGCGGCCUCCUGACCGGGCUCAAAGUCCUCACAUACCGCAAUGACAGCAGCGACCGCAUCGCUGGAAUCAUGCUCAUGAGCAACGACCAGCAAGCUGGAGGUGGUGGUGGUGCUACUCAGAUUAAUUUGGGCAACGUGCCUGUCUACACGUUUGGUUUUGGCAUGAACAGUGACCACACAGUACUCAGCAUGAUCGCCGCCAACAGUAUGGGAGGGACGUUCUCCCACAUCCGGGACCAGGACAUUGGCAGUGGAGGCCUGACAAUGGCCUUCUCCCAGUGCCUUGCCGGUCUGCUAACUGUCUCGGUUCAGAACCUUGAGCUGACGGUGGCACCUGUCGGACAUGAGUCGGAGAUAUUGAACGUGACCGCAGGAAGCUAUCCGAAGACGCAGGCCGGGGGCUCAGUAACAGUUAGGUUUGGCAACAUCUACAGCAGGGAAGUGCGCAAGGUCGUUGUCAACCUCCGCCUCCCUGCUAUCGGGAGUGAGCACAGUGCCGAGAUCCUAAAGGUCAUGUACUCAUAUGGAAGCAGAUCUGCUGGGAGGCAGAAGUUUGUCGUGACUCCUGAGGCGCUGACCGUGUGGCGCACCAGCGUGGAUGUCUCAGACUUAGAGGAGGAGGAGAAGCAGGUGGACUUAAAGAGGGAGGAGGCCCGUCUGAGGACGGCCAAGACAAUCAAGAAAGUGACAAACUUCUACGAUGGCGUUGUGCUGGCCCGUCUGCAGAAUGUCUAUGACAAGCUGCUGCUGGUGGAGUCCCGGAACAUGCCGGAGGAUCAGUUCAGGAUCGAGCUGCGGGAGCUCUUGGAGGUCUGCAAGACCCAUGCAUCCUACAAGGAGCAUGGCCGCGCAUACGCGUUGUCGUCCGAGUCUUCACACGGCUGGCAGCGUUUCGCUGGGAGGGGUGGUGACAUCGAUGCAAUGCGUCUGUUCGCAACGCCACGAAUGAACAAGUACCUGGAGCAGGCCAGGAAGUUCCACAAAGAACCGCGGAUGCCAGUGCCGUCAGCGGAUGACGAUGUCGAGGAGGAGAUCACUGAUGAUCCUAUGGUCAAUGUCGGCAGUAGGGACAUAAACAAACUAUGAACAGUAUAGAGAUCGAGUAUAUGAUCAUGCAUAUGUGAGUUGUAACUUGUAAGGCCAAUUAUAGGGCCGAUUUGAUAUACUUUGUAAUACAUGGAUCUAUUUUGGUUCAACCAUUUUGGCAUUAUUG